UUCGGCUAAUCUUGAUAAUUAGCCUACGGCUUACAGGUAAUGAAUAUAUUGGUUGGAGAAAAGUUUCAGUUUCAGUUCGAAAGAAAACGAAAGGACGUUAUCAUGGCGUCGGAAAGCAUUGAAACAUCUCGGCUAGAGGAUGAAAUAUCGUGUUCAAUUUGCUAUGGGAUCUACAAGAAUCCUGUUUUAUUAUCCUGUAGUCACAGUUUCUGCAAAGAGUGUGUUCAAGAAUUAUGGAGCAAAACAGCCACGCAAGAAUGUCCACUCUGUAGGAGAAAAUCCUCCAAAGAGUUCCCUCCUUUAAACCUGGCACUGAAACAAGUCUGCGAACUGAUUUUGAAGGGGAAAGCGCAGAUUGGAGUCAGUAAAGCCCUCUGUCCUCUUCACGGAGAGAAUCUCAAGCUUUACUGCAAACAGGAUGACCAGGCUGUCUGCGUUGACUGCAUAGGAUCAGGGCAACACCAAAAUCACGAUGUUUGUCGGUUCAAUGCCGUAGUUGAGGAACGAAAGGAGAAGUUAAUGACUGAUCUGAAGCCCCUUAAAGAAAAGAUUGACAAUUUAGAUAAGCUCAAGAGAGGUUGUGAUGGGACUGCAACAUUCUUAAAGAAACAGACGGAUAAAACUGAAGCCGUUAUCAAAUCAGAGUUUGAGAAACUUCACAGGUUUCUGUAUGAGGAAGAAUCUGCCCGGAUAGCCAGUCUGAGGAAGGAAGAACAACAGAAAUCCCUGAUGCUCCAGGACAGUGUGAAAACAAUUACCAGCAAGCUGGCAUCUCUCUCAGCUGUGAUAGAGAGCAUUGAACGUGAGAUGGACAUUCCAGAUAUGGAAUUCCUGCAGAAUUUCAAGAAGAUCAAGACAAGGGUGCAGUGUACACUAGACGAGCCCGACUCUAUUCCUGUGCCUUUGAUUGACAUCUCUAAGCACUUAAGUGCUCUGAAGUUUAGUGUCUGGGAGAAAAUGCUUGGAUCGAUUCAGCACUCUCCAGUGACGCUGGACCCAUCAUCAGCCCAUCCUCAGCUUGCCUUGACUGACGAGCUGAGCAGCGUCCAUUACAGCAUCCGGGGGAAGAGCUUGCCCAGUAACCCCGAGCGCUUUGACCUGUAUGUGUUCGUGCUGGGCUGCGAGGGCUACAGCCAGGGGGUCCACAGCUGGGAGGUGGAAGUCGGCAACAAACCCAACUGCCGCAUCGGAGUAGCUCGCGAGUCCGUGCCCAGAAAGGGCAACUUCACUGUGUGUCCCAAGGAAGGCUUCUACACCAUCAUCCUGAGGAAGCGCGAGCUCCGUGCCGGCACGUGCCCCGAGACACGUCUGGAGUACGACAGGAAGCCGCAGAGGAUCCGCAUUCAGCUGGACUGUGACAAGGGCGAGGUGACCUUCAGUGACCCCAGCGAGGGCACACACAUCUACACCUUCAAGGACACAUUCACUGAGAAGAUGUUCCCUCUCUUUGGCCCAUCAAAAGAUUCUGCUCAACUACGCAUCUGUCCCAAGGGCGUUUAUGUCCAGCAUGAGCGGUGAUGUGUUGGUGUGGCCAUUUGCAGAUUGUUCAUGUAAAUGUCUGAAUGCUGUAAGUGAUGCAGCUAGUGUGAUUUGUAAAAGCAGAUGCUAAAUACCUCAACAGGAAAUAAAGCCUUUGACAUGGUAUUUAUUUAUGGUAAUCUGCUUACCUUAUAACUCUAACAAUCACUUGCGCAGGCCUGUGUCUGGGAAUAAGGACAUUGAAAGGUCUUCCUCACCUAACUUUAAAACAACUGGCUUGGAAUGAUGUUCUUCAUGACUCUUCUCCAGUGUUCUCUUACCCCUGUAUUCUGUUCUAAAAUACGGUCCUGUGUGGAUCACAUGUCGCUGUAGUUUAAGUGAGGCUUUUAGUAGAUGAAUGACAGUAUACAUGUGUUUUGGAUCUAACAGUCUGAAGUAGCUAAAUUGGAAAUAAAAAAUGUAACAAAGAAACUAUAAACAUAGUAUAUAAAUAUAGUAUAUUCAUAUGUUUA